AGCCCCGAGCUUACGGGCACCAGCCGCCGCCGCGGGGACCAUUAGCACGCGGCGGUGGGCUCCUCCCCCAACUCCUUGGACACAUGAUUUUCUCUUGGUUUUUCUUGGUUUCUCUUGGUUUCUCUCGUGGUUUCAUCGUAAUUGUUUUUGUUUCCAUUGUUCUUGUUGUGCCGUGAUUUCGUCUAUGUUUGCGAGCGCGCGCGUUUGCGUCCCUCCGGCGGCGGCGGCGGCAAUCGGCACCUGCCCAUCCCUCUCGCGGUUCUCGACAGGGAUCCCUCUUAAAGGUUGAGGCCCACUCGAGACACAUAGCUCCACAAACACACUUACACAUUAGCGAUAUAACGUAACGUAAUAUCAAAGCAAAGGGAUUUUUCCUGUGCAAUUUGGCAAAAGCGCACAGGUUUUGCCCUCUAAGAUAGGCACCAGGUUUUUCUAGUUAGGACUUUCCUGGUGGAACUCACAACACAACAACAUCACACAUUACAACACUACCACAUUUCAGCAUCAAGAUUCAGCAGCAAGAAAUGUAAGUACUCAAAAUCCCUCUCGGCACUGCCACUCUGGCACCCUUUCUGGCUUUCCCUUGCACUUGCUUCCACCGGACGUCACAUGAGCCGGGCUAACGUAAACUUUGUUCUUAAUAUUGCCUUGGGCCGGAAUAACAUAGCCGGCAUUAAAGUAAAGUAAAACGGAAGAUCUGGCUAAUUGCCAGCUAGUAACUUCCCCCUACCCCGACCAGGGCCUCGGCCUGUCGGGAGCAAAAUUCAAAAAAAAAAAAAAAAAAAAAAAAAAAAACGCGAAACUUAACCCACGCAAUGGCUCGCACAAAGCAGACAGCACGCAAAUCCACGGGCGGUAAGGCACCGCGCAAGCAGUUGGCCACUAAGGCGGCUCGCAAGAGUGCGCCGGCCACUGGCGGCGUCAAGAAGCCACACAGGUACCGGCCCGGCACAGUGGCACUGCGUGAGAUCCGCCGCUAUCAGAAAAGCACCGAGCUGCUCAUCCGCAAGCUGCCGUUCCAGCGGCUCGUGCGCGAGAUUGCCCAGGAUUUCAAGACUGACCUGCGCUUCCAGAGCAGUGCCGUUAUGGCCCUGCAGGAGGCCAGCGAGGCCUAUCUGGUCGGCCUCUUCGAGGACACCAACCUGUGUGCCAUCCACGCCAAGCGUGUUACCAUCAUGCCCAAGGACAUUCAGCUGGCGCGUCGCAUCCGCGGCGAGCGCGCCUAGGCCGCUUGUGCCGUUGCCGUGCUCCGGCAGGCUGGCAAGCAAGAAACAGGUCCUUCUCAGGACCAGA